AUGACGGACGCCGAUACCGUCAGCGCCAACAAGGCACACUUUGACAAACUCGCCGCCGAGUACGACGCCAAAUAUGAAAAGACCAGUCUCCAGCUGGAGCGGGAGAUCCGGAACCGCAAGGACUUCAUCGGUGUAGAUUGGGCGGACGACGACGACGAUGAUGAUGACGAUGACAACGACAACGACGACACCGCCGAAACGGCUCCGGCUACCGACAGCAAGUCGGUGAGACUUCUCGACUACGCCUGUGGCACCGGCCUGAUAUCAAGGGCUCUCAUUCAGUACACGACGCACUGCGUCGGCAUCGACAUCUCGGAGAACAUGGUGGCGGCUUACAACGCCCGGGCCGAGAACCAAGGUCUCAGCGCCGACGAGAUGCGCGCGUACCAGGGCAACCUCACGGACCCGGCCGACCCGGAUCCGGCGGCUUUCUCGGGCGCCCGGUUCCGCGACUUCGACGUCGCCGGCGUGGGGCUCGGGUUCCACCACUUCGCGGACCCGGAGCUGUCGGCGAAGAGGCUGGUCGAGAGGCUGAGGCCCGGCGGGGUAUUCGUCAUUCUCGAUUUCUUGCCGCACGAAAAGAUGGACAACGGGCUGCCGGCCGCGAGUACGGUGAUGCACCACGGGUUCUCGGAGGAGAGGAUGCGUGCGAUUUUCGAGCAAGCCGGAGCAGUCAUGGGGGUGGGCAUGGUCACGAUCAUGGCCAUAGGGAUGGACAUAGCCAUGGUCACGGUCAUGCUGGGUCGAAGGAGGGCAUGA